CUUGCAUCUCACCGAGCAUACAUAUUGACUGCACGCAUCCCAACUAAGCUUGAACAGACUUUCAAUUAUUUGGAAAUUCAAGGAAUCCACUGUACCAAGCCUGGUCAGCUGGUUGUGGAGUGUGAAAGGGGUGUUAUUUCUAUGAAGCUUGCGUCCUCUGAAGAUGUGAACGAAGUGGUGGCACACAUAGGGACCUGCCUCCGAAGGAUAUGCCCUGGUCUGUCUCCUCUACAAGUAAUGAAGAAGCUGUUGAUGGAACCAGUGGAGCGCCUGUCAAACCUCCAGACAUUGUGGGACAAUCAGAGUGUGACUGAGCCUGGGCCUUGUGGUGGCUUCUCGCACAUGUACAAGUGUGUCUGUGACUGGCUGGGACUACCGUAUAGGGAAGAGGUGCAGUGGGAUGUGGACACCAUUUAUUUAACACAGGAUACAAGAGAGUUGAAUUUGCAGGAUUUUAGUCAUCUUGAUCACAGAGAUUUGAUUCCUAUCAUUGCUGUUUUGGAAUAUAACCAGUGGUUUACAAAGCUCUCCACCAGGGACUUCAAACUGUCCACAGAUGUGUGUGAUCAGAUCCUGCGAGUUGUGGCCCGGUCAAGCAGGCUGGAGGAGCUGGUUCUGGAGAAUGCAGGCCUCAAAACAGAUUUUGCACAGAAGCUUGCCAAUGCCAUUGCCCAUAAUCCUUGCUCAGGACUUCACACAAUAAACCUUGCAAACAAUGGACUUGAAGAUCGAGGUAUUUCCUCUCUGAGCACACAAUUUGCCAAGCUCCGAAAGGGCCUCAAACAUUUAAAUUUGUCAAAAACCUCAUUAUCACCCAAAGGGGUGAACAGCCUUGCCCAGUCACUGAGUGCCAACCAGCUGAUCCCCAACACCCUCGUUCAUCUGGACCUCUCGGGGAACAUGCUUCGUGGAGACGACCUUGUGAAUCUGUACAGUUUCCUGGGCCAACCCAACAACCUCUCUACCCUGGAUUUGUCCAAUUCAGACUGUCCGCUUGACAUGGUGUGUGCUGCUCUUCUUCGAGGCUGUCUGGAACACCUAACUGUUUUGAACAUGUCAAAGAGUGUCUUCUCUCAUAGGAAAGGAAAAGACAUUUCUCCUUCUUUUAAGCAUUUCUUUAGUAGCUGCUUGGCUCUGACCAGCAUUAAUGUAUCUGGAACCAAGCUUCCUCCUGAAGCACUGAAAGCACUUUUGCUUGGCCUGGCAAGCAAUCCCAACCUAAAGGAAGUAUCACUGGAUCUUAGCUGCUGUGAGCUUGGCCACUGUUUACGGUCAGGGGGAUCACAAAUUUUGGAGGGCUGUAUUGCAGAAAUUCCCAAUAUUUCAAGUCUGGAUAUUUCAGAUAAUGGUUUGGAUUCUGACCUAUUAACACUUCUGGUAUGGCUGGGCAAAAACAGAUCAAUAAGACAUUUAUCACUGGGGAAAAACUUCAACAACAUCAAGUCAAAAAAUCUAGCACCUGUUCUAGACAAUCUGGUACACAUGAUUCAAGAUGAGGAAUCGCCUCUAACCUCCCUGUCCUUGGCCGAUUCCAAACUUAAGACUGACCUGACAAUUAUCUUGAACGCCCUGGGCAGUAACACGUCUCUGACCCGAGUGGACAUCAGUGGCAAUGGGAUGGGUGACAUGGGUGCGAAGAUGUUGGCCAAAGCUCUGCAGAUCAACACAAAACUCAGGACAGUUAUUUGGGACAAGAACAACAUUAGCCCUCAAGGCUUACAGGACAUAGCUGCAGCUCUAGAAAAAAACUUCACUAUCCGUUUCAUGCCUAUUCCCAUCAUCGAUGCCUCUCAAGCUCUGAAGGCCAGUCCAGAGAAGACAGAGGAUGCACUGCUAAAGAUUGAGAACUACCUUCUUCGGAAUCAUGAGACUCGUAAAUACCUGCAGGAGCAGGCAUACAGGCUGCAGCAGGGUAUUGUCACCACCACCACACAGCAGAUGAUAGACAGAAUGUGUGUUAAAGUUCAAGACCAUCUCAACUCUCUGCGAAACUCUGAGAAUAAUGCCAUUUCAGAAGACAUUAAAAUGGCAGAAAACUUGAUAAGGGAUGCCAGAAAUUCAAAAACGCUCUUGCCAAAUUUGUACCACCUGGGAGCCACUUCUGAGAGCGGGUCUGGUGGCUCAUCAGCUGGACCUAUUGAAGAAAAGCUGGAGUCUAUGGCUGGGGAGAUCACAUGUGUUAUGGAUGAACAGCUGAAGAAUCUGCUGGAGUCCAUGGUGGAUGUGGCAGGGACCCUCUGUCCCCAUGUGAUGAAAAAGGCCAACAUCCGUCAGGACCUUAUCAAAGCCAGUACUGGAAAAAUGUCUGUCCCCCGAAACUUUGUGAAGAACGUCCUGUUGGAGCAAUCUGGGGUUGACAUCAUCAACAAAAUCAGUGAAGUGAAGCUGAGCCUUGCCUCCUUUCUUUCUGACCGAAUUGUCGAUGAGAUCUUAGAAGCACUUUCCAGUUCUCAGCACGUUUUGGCACAGCAUUUGAAAGGUGGGGGUAAACCCUUGGUUCAUCAGGAGUCCCUGGAAAUCGAGGUAAUAGAGGAGAAGGCCCCCAAACGAUCUGUCUCGACAGCAGAGGAUGUGACAGAGGGAGAAAGAAUCGAGGAUCUGGACACAUGCAUGACUCUGUGCUGCACCAGUAUGACGCCCAAGUCAAAAAGAAAAAGCAUUCACAGCAGAAUGCUCCGGCCAGUCUCAAGGGCCUUCGAGAUGGAGUUCGACCUGGAUAAGGCCCUGGAGGAUGUCCCCAUUCACAUAGAGGACCCCCCUCCAGCUCCUAAACUGGAGAAUAGACCAUCGGCAGUCAUUGCUGAGCUUCCUUCUGAGGAAGGCAAGAAACUUCAGCACUUUACCAAGCUCAGACCCAAAAGGAACAAAAAGCAGCACUCCAGCAAGACUGCUCAGGUCAGUACUGCGGCAUUGCAAGAGGGUGAGCAGAAUGGUCUCAUGGGAAGAGUGGAUGAAGGGGUGGAUGAAUUCUUCUCUAAGAAAGUCACCAAGAUGGAGCCCAAGCGUCCUUCUCUGAAGAGUUCCGACUCGCCGGAUGGGAGCGGCGAAACAGACGAGAAGAAAAAACGUGAUUCUCGCAAGAGCGGCUUUCUAAACCUCAUCAAGUCCCGCUCCUCCAAGUCUGAGCGGCCCCAGGCAGCGGCAGCAGUGGCAGCGACCUUGAGCGAGGAGCCCUCCUCUCCCAAGGGAUCGACGAGGAGCCCAGCAGCGGAGCCGGUCAAGAGCAAAGAAGCCAGGUCAGCGGCCACAGACCAGAGCAGCAGCUCGGAUCGCUCCGAGGAGCUCAAGACGCCCGACUCCAUGGAUGAGCACUCUGAGGAUUCCCUGAAAGGCGAGAACAAGGCCGAGGGCAAAGGCAGUCCCCAGGGGGGAAGGCGCUAUGGCAUUCAGGUUAUGGGCAGUGGUCUGCUGGCCGAGAUGAAGGCCAAGCAGGAGAAGAGAGCAGCUGUUUCCCAUAAGACACAUGAUACCUCAUCCAGCCCGGAUAGAAUGGACGGAAAUGUGUCAGCAAAGGGUCACCACACCCCAGCAGAGAGCCGGGUAUCCGGAGCGGCCAAAGGGGAAUCGCCCGCGAGUUCCACAGAGAAAAGCCUAAAAAGUGAAAGAAAGCAUGAAGCUGCACAGAGGAACCGCAGCUCUUCUUCCACCCCAAAUCCCACCAGUCCCAAACCGCCCAUACAGGGUCACAAGCCCAGCCUGAGCGCGCGGCCCCUAAUCCCCCAGAAACCGCGCACAAGCAGCAGCAGGAGCAUAGAUGAAAUCCCCGAUUCUCCAGCUGGAAAUAUUUCUCCAAAGGUAGCUUUGCUGCCACAUGCUCUUAAGAGAGCCCCAUCUGAAAAGGAAAAAGAUGGGCAAAGUAGCCCCCUCCUCAGUGGGUCUGGCAGCUGGGCUUCAGCACAGGAAGUGGAGCUUUCUGGAGAUGAUAGCACGUUUGAUACAGAUCAUGAACCAGACAAGCCCAUCGCUGCAAGAAUGCGAACCACACGGCAGUACUCUGCUAGCACCGCUGAAGAAAUGAGUGAGCAGGAGCGCAGGAAGUCCAACCCUCGACCCGUGCGGCCAGCCUCCAUGACAGAAGCAGCCCAGCGCAGAAGCCCUAGCUGCCAGCACUCGGAGGACAAUGGGUCAAAGGCAAAAGAGAAGUCCCCCAACAAAGACAAGAACCAGGGUAGCAGGUCUGGUGACUCUGGGGAGGAAGCAGACAAAGACUUUAUUUUUGUAUGAGAAAACAAACAGCACUGUCUUCUUGCAUCUGACCUUCAGCACCCAAUCAAGAAUUUAAAAACCCAGUACAGGCAUAAUUUCCCAACUCUAUUAUUUCACUGUUUUCAAGUUGAAUUGAUUAGAAGAGAUGAUGAUGUUCUUACUUUGGAAAGGUAGAGUUACCAGAUGAUGUACUUAGCCUUGACUAAACUUCAGCACUUCUUUCAGGAGACAUGUUUCUGAUAUAAUGGUAAAGCAUCAAAAAUUGGCUGAUGGAGGUUACAGAAUGGCUCUGUUGAGCUGGUUUAUUUGACUCAUAUAUUUAAUUAAACUGGCUAAAAGGUGCUUCAUGUAAAUUAUUUAAAAGUAUCAGUCCAAGGAUGGUGAAUCAUGGCUUACUUGUAGUUUUCUGACUACAUAUUCUGAUAAAGUCAAAUAAUCCCACUAUAUGUACAGUACAGUAGCACAGAUAGGAAAUCCGCCAGCUGAGCAGUUUUAUUGUCUGCAGCAGAAGAACUACAGUAAGACCCUUAAAGAGCUACUAAGCACUAUUGCAUAAAGCCUUAAAAAUUACAAUUAAAUUCUACUUUAUUACAUUUGAAGUAGAUUACACAAUGUUCAUAGAGUGUAUAGUGAAAGCAAGGGAUAUGUGUGGGUUGGGAGGUAAAAAUACUGUGCUCAGUGACGUCGCUGAAUGUACCUACAGUACACAGAGCUUUAGAAAAUUUUACAUUUCUUUAUCAGUAAAUCAUGAACUACAAAACAUGAGGUCAGGCAGACUAAUGGUGAAUUUAUUUUAUCCGAAAUAGUGAAAUAAAAUAUCUGCUCUUAGUAUUUCAGGUCUUAUCAUAUGUUGCUGAGUAGUCCUUUACGCACAUUGUGGAACCUUGCUUGCUGUUUUUUUUUUUUUUAGUUUUCAUGCAGGGGCCUUCCAUUAUGCCACUGCUUCUACUGUUAAACAUGAAUUUAGAAAGUCUUCACUUGUGGAGAACACUAUACUUGUGUCUUUCUUUUUACCUUAUCUAGGGAAUUUGUAGGCUGUUGUCUGAAUUCUUGAAGUCUUCAUCUACACAUUUUACCUUUAUUUGUAUAUUUUGUUAUCUGUGAACAGCCAUUCCAAAAUCUAUAUAGUGUAGGGGUUCAUUUUAGGAGUCGUCUUGAUAUGCAGACUGUCUUGGAGUUCACAGGAAUACAGUAAAAGUUUCAGAGCCUUUCGUAACACCCUGCCCCUGCAAAUGUAUUCAUUGGUGAUCAUUCACGGUUGAAUCAAUUUGCAGCACAGCUGACACUGGAAUUACAUGAUCUAUUAUUAACAUA